AUGCCACUCUUGAACCUUCCGAUGCUGCCCCCGCCGACACCGUCGCUGCCGGGCCGCCCAGGUCGACCGACAGCGCCCCUACGGAGUAUUCCGGCCCUACCAAUGCAAGGGCCGAGUGAUGCCGACCAAGAGGCGGAUCACGAGAAUGCAAGUCUCGAGGAAGAGGAAGAAGAGGAGGAAGGAGAAGAGAACGCUGGCGCGGAGGGCCAGGACGGUGACUCGGGCGAGAGCGGAGAUGAGGACGACCAUGAAUACUCUUCGCCCCGACAGCCAUCGGCCACGGGGGGUACGCCGCGCCUCGGAGCUCUGCCUCACGUUGACACCUCCGGGUUCAGCGUCUCGUUCGGAGACGCCACGAGUGUGUCCACCCAACGCACACCCCAUGCUCAAGCCGGCUCCUCUCUCGACUACUUCACGUCCAAGUCCCCCGAGCGGGCAUUCUCGCCCAUGCGCACGCCCCGCCCGGUGGACUUCACCCCCCAUGGCCAGGACGUGCCGCAACUGAGGACCGUUCCAAUGCCCUCCACCCCCGGUUCGCCACGACCGGGACUGUACCAUCUUGGUUCCCGGAGUAUGGUCGAUCUUCUUUCCACGCGUAAGGAGAAGGACAAAAUUAUCUCCCCGAAGCUCGGCCACGCGCUAUCCCGUAAGAGGCCGCAAGCCUUCGCAGCAGCCGUGGAAGGGCAGCCUGCCCCCGUCGAAGAAGAGCCGCCUGCGCCCGAGCCCGAGUCCCCCGAUGAUGUCAUCAACUCUCCUAUGCUGCGCCGGCGGAGGUCCCUUCCCGUUUACGAACCGUCCUCGGACCCACCACCGUACCCGGACUUACAGUUCCAGCGAAAGAACCUGCCCCCGAAGAUCGUGCCUCGCGACGAAGAGGGCCGCGAGCAGCUGCCACCAUACUCAAACGCAAUCCACCUCGUGGGGGUCAUGCCUCGCAAGAUGGAAUUCACGCAACCGGGCGUCCAAGCCAAGGACCGCAAGUGGCGCCGCGUCUACUGCGUGCUCGAGGGCACGAUGUUCUGCGUGUACAAGGCGCCCCCGGCGGAGUCGGCGGUGAGCGCGAUUGAGCAGUGGUGGGAGAGCAAGGUCGGCGUGGGCGAUAUCACGAGCGUGGACGUGACCGCGAUGACAGCCUCGGGCAUCCGCGUCAACGCCGUGCGGGAGCGCCCGCGGGACGACCUGGGCUCGGAGCGCCCGCAGAAGAUCAGCGAGGAGCGGGAGGACGGGCAAGGGUCCGCGCCCAACGGACUCGGGGAGGCGGGCUCGUCACGGCCUCCGUCCCCCCAAUUGCCGGCGUCGAGGUCCCGGUUACAUCUUGGGUCGCGGCUGCUGCUUCACCGACAGCGCUCUAAGAGCGUUAGUCGGCUUGGGUCGAACAGCAGCAACUCGAGCUCGCGGGUGAGCAUCGACCGGCCGUCGGCAUCGCAGUCACACUCGUAUAUGCGCCGCUCGAUGGACACACUGGGCUCGUCGCGGAUGUCGAAUGUGUCGUCGGCCGCGUCCCACUCUACGACGUCAACCGGCCUCACUAUUCCGUCCCCCACCUCGUCGAUGCUGAACGCCUCUCCGACCUCCUCCAGCGACAGCGCGUCGCGCUUCUCACGGAGUCGGCAUAUGCUCCAUACGCAUUCCAGUGGCGACGGCAAAGACAAGGAGAAGGAGAAAGAGACGGUGUACGUUCCCGACCCGAAGGACCUUCUCCGCAAGUACUCGAUGCAGCACGCGGAGAGCGGACUCGCUAGCGACUACGUUAAGCGGAAGAACGUGAUCCGCGUGCGCAUGGAGGGCGAGCAAUUUCUGCUGCAGGCGAAGGACGUCGCGGCGGUCAUUGACUGGAUCGAGAGCAUACAAAUGGGCACUAAUGUCGCACUCGAUCUGGAUGAGCGGCCGAUGCCGCGUGGUCCCAUCUUCCCGAGACGAAGGCGCAGGCGUACCCGUCGUGUCGAUCCUUCUGCGGCUGGUUCCUAG